CUGUCUUCUCCCCUUUUUCUUUCAAUCUCUUCUCUUGUCUCUGGUAAACCCUAGCUCAACUGUCACUCUCGGUCACCAUUCACCAUCUCUCAGGCCGAUGAGCACCUGUCCUCUGCCAUCUCUCGGACAACGCUUGAGGUAGCUGUCCGAAACCCUAGCCUAGACUGUUAGACAUUGUUACUCUACGGUGGCCCGGUAGCUGUGAGACCAUCAAAAGCCUCAAUUACCAUCAUCUGGUCACCAACGAUCACGUUAAUUCGAAGAGAAAAUUGGCCAUUCAAGUUGAAGGAUUGAAGGUGAGGCAGGUCCAUGGCUUGUGGCUGUGUCAUUCUCGUGGGUGGCUCUGUGGCCUGUGUUUAAAGCUGUAAUAACUUAAGGUAAGUUGUUCUUUUCUCUUAAACUCUCACUGGCUGUGGAUGGAUAAAGUGUGAUUGCAUAAAUAGACUAUAGAUUUUGUUCUUUCUUUGUAAUUUUGUGAAGGAAAUAAUCAGAUUAGCUUUUGUGAGACUGAACUGUCUGUGAAAUGUUGAAUUAUAUCUGUGAAUUGUCUUUGAAACUCUUUUCUAUGAAGUUUUGAAUUCAAAUUGUGAGAUUGCUUGCAUUUCAGAGUCUUUGUGACUCCAACAUUUUUGAAAUUACAAUUUUAAACAUGUUAGCUUACAUUUCAGAGUUUUUGUGACCCUUAACUCCUAAAGUUACCAAUUUUAAACAAGUUAACUUUCAUUUCAGAGUCUUUGUGACUCUGAAUUUCAGAAAUUGCUUUUUAAUUGUUAGUUUUUUUGUUUGUUUUGGAACUAUGGAAUAUUGUGCAAUUUCUGAAUAUUGUGGAAUUGAAAUUGUGUAGUUGGAAUUGUGCAAUUUUUAAAGGUUAGCUUAUAUGUAGAGUCUUUAUGACUCUGAAAUUUUGAAAUUGCUAUUUAAUUUGUAGUCUUUGUGGAAUUGUGGAAUUUUUUUAGUUGCUGUUUAAUUUUGAGUCUUUGUGGAAUUGUGGAAUAUUGUAUGCUUGGUCCUGAAUUUUUGAUGUAUAUUUGGUCAUAGUGCAUAUUUGGUCCUAGAUUUCUGAUGCAGAUAUUGUAUUAGUGCAUAUUUGGUCCUGGAUUUAAAUGGAAAGUUCUAAUGUGAAUAAUGCAUGUAGUUGGAAAAUUUUCAUGUGGUUGUGUAUGAUAGUUUGGUUUAGGAAAAAUGUAUUUUGUUGGUAGUUGCUAUCAAUUCCGAAAACAUGCUAAUUGCUGGUAGAAAAAAUGUAUAUUGUUGGUAGUUGUUGGUAGUUUGGUUUUAGGAUUAAAGGGCUUGGACCUGAUGGUUCUAUGUUAUUAUUUAAGGAAGCAAAACUAUUAUUUGCUGUUUAAUUUAUUGUAAUUUAAUUUGAUUGAGAUUGUGGAAUUUGUGGCCUUGAAUUGUUGUGUAAUUGCUGUCUUGUUUUUGUUUGUUUCCUCUUAUGUAAACAGUGUCCUAGUUAUACUUAAUAUGAACGCAGAUUCCCCAUCAUCAGUUAAUGCACCUUCCUCUUAAACCCCAAUAGGUCAAAAUCCAUCACCAUCACUGUCAAACCCUACACCUUCCGAUGCCAAAUCUACAUUACCUCCACGACCUCCAUUAGGGAAAAAAAAAUGUUCUAGGCCAGCAAGUGAUGAAUGGGAUCACUUUAUCAAAAUAGAAGGUGGUGAUCCUGAUGACCCUAGAUGUGAAUGCAUUUACUGCCAUAAGGAUUAUGCAUGUGGUUCUAAAAAGUGUGGAACUAGUACCCUAAGGAAUCAUAUAAAGCAAUGUUAGAAAAAUCCUUAUAACUCAGAUGAAAAGAAGCAAAAGACCUUAACUUUUGAUAGGAAAUCCGAUGGUAGUGGUAGCAAUUUGGUAGCUACUAUUUUCAAUAAAGAGGCAUGUAGGAUGGCAUGUGCCAAAAUGAUAAUUUUGGAUGAGUUACGGCCGUGGGUUUAGACACUUUUGUAGUGUUGCAUGUCCUAAGUUUGAUCAUCCAUCUAGAAGAACCAUUGUGAGGGACAUUUAUUAAUUGUAUUUAGAUGAGAAAUUAGCUUUAAGAUCAAUGUUUGUUGCAAACCAGCAAAGGAUUAGUCUUACAACUGAUACAUGAACCUCUAUUCAAAAUGUUUGUUAUAUGUCAUUAACUGCCCAUUAUAUUGAUGAUUAUUGGAUGUUACAUAAAAAAAUUUUAAAUCUUUGUGUGGUUCCUAAUAAAGGAGAGGCAAUUGGAAAGCUAAUUGAUAUUUGUUUGCAUGAUUGGGGUAUUGAAAAAGUGUUCACGCUAACUCUUGAUAAUGCAAGUGCAAACAAUAAUGUAAUUGCAUAUCUUAAGAGGAAAAUGGUACAUUGGAAAAAUUGUAUAUUGGAUGCUGAUUUUUUGCAUAUUCGAUGUAGUGCACAUAUUGUCAAUUUGAUUGUGUGUGAGGGUUUGAAAGAAUUAGAUGAGGCAAUUGCUAGCAUUCGUAAUGCUGUGAGAUAUGUUAGAUCAUCUCCUUCUCAAUUACAAAAAUUUAAGGAGUGUAUAAGUCAAGAGAAAAUUGAUACCAAAUCUUUAGUAUGUUUGGAUGUUCCAACCAGAUGGAAUUCCACAUACUUAAUGUUAGAGUCGGCUUUGAAAUUUCAAAAAGCUUUUGAGAGAAUGGAGGAGGAAGAUGGACAUUAUGCUUCCUAUUUUGGAGAGGAUGAUAGUGGUAGAAAAAAAAUUGGACCUCUUUUAGCUUGGCAUUGGGAUGAUGCCAAAGUUUUUGUCCAAUUUCUUAAGGGUUUUUAUGAUGUAACUCUUAAAUUUAGUGUCUCUUUACAUGUUAGCUCCAACAUAUAUUUCCAUCAAGUUUCUUCCAUACAAAAACAAUUGGAUGAUUUAUGUGUUAUUAAGGAUGACCGGUUGUGUGUUAUGGCAAGGAAAAUGAGAGAAAAGUAUAAUAAAUAUUGGGGUUCCAUGGAAAAUGUCAAUAAAUUGCUUCUAAUUACAGCAGUGCUUGAUCCAAGAUAUAAGUUGGAUUAUGUGUCAUUUAGCUAUGGGAUGCUUUAUGACAAUGAUGAAAGCAGGGUUACUGAAUUGACAAAUGGUUUGAAAAAGACUUUAAUGAGGCUGUAUAAUUGAUAUAAUGAAAAAGAAAUGGGUUUAGAUGGUAUUUGUCAAUCUUCCACUGGUGUUGAGUCUUCUGGAAUUAGCUUGGAUAGUACUAACAGUGAAUUAGAGCAUGCCAACUAUGCUGACCAAGUUUGGAUUGCUUAUUUGAAGAAGAGAGAACAAAGCCAAUGUAAGGAGGUAAAAAAUGAUGUGGAUAGGUAUCUGGCCGACCCUUGUGAAUCUGGUUUAAUUAAGGAUUUUGAUAUCUUAAAUUGGUGGAGGGUUAAUGGAGAGAAAUACCUUGUGUUAGAGAAGAUUGCAAAGGAUGUCUACGCCAUUCAAGUCUCCACUGUGGCUUCCGAGAGUGCUUUUAGCAGUGGAGGUAGGAUAUUUGAUCCUUUUAGGAGCUCUUUGACUGCUAAAAUGAUGGAGGCUUUGAUAUGUUGUCAAAAUUGGCUUAAUGCUUCUCCAAGUUUUGACAGAUUUUUUUUAGAAGAGAUGCAGUAUUAUGAAAGUUUAGAGCAGACCUAUGCCAAAGCCAAACAGUAGCAGUGAGUCCAGAUAGCAGCAACAAAAAGGAUUGAUGGUGCAUUGAGUGGAAUCAAUGGAUGUACUUGAAACUUGAAAGCUUAUGAGUUUUGACAAUGAUGAAAGUUUUGGAGCAGUGGCAGUGAAGGAUUUGGCAGUGCUAAUUGCAGGCUGCUUAUAAUUUUUUUCCUACUAUUUCUUUUAUGUUUACUGUCAAUGUAUUACCAUUUCUCUUAAGUCAUUUGUAAAACUUGCUUAUUAGUUGCUUUGAUAGUAGUAGUUAUUAUUUUUUUC